AUGUAUGAUAGCUUUGAUAACACAUAUCAGGCAACAAUUGGAAUAGAUUUCCUUUCCAAAACAAUGUACUUGGAGGAUAGAACUAUAAGACUGCAGUUAUGGGACACAGCUGGUCAAGAACGAUUCAGAAGUUUAAUUCCCAGCUAUAUUAGAGACUCAUCAGUUGCUGUGGUUGUAUAUGAUAUCACAAAUGCUAAUUCUUUUCAACAAACUUCCAAAUGGAUUGAUGAUGUACGAACAGAAAGAGGUAGUGAUGUGAUAAUUAUGCUUGUAGGAAACAAAACAGACCUUUCAGAAAAGAGACAAGUAACAACAGAAGAAGGUGAACGAAAAGCUAAAGAAUUAAGUGUGAUGUUUAUUGAAACUAGUGCAAAAGCAGGAUACAAUGUUAAACAGCUGUUCCGUCGAGUGGCUGCAGCAUUACCUGGAAUGGAACAAGAAACUAAAAAACCAGGAGAAAUGACAGAAGUAAAGUUGAAGGAGACCCCAGCUGAACCGCAAGCACAAGAUGGAGGCUGUGGAUGCUGA